GAUGUUGUUUAUGUUGCAGCAACGCUUGGUUCUUGGUAAUGAAAGAGGACGCAGAAUAGCCGUGAAGGGGGAGAGGGCAAGCAUAAGAAAGGAAGAAAAAAAAUCGAAGCAUAAUUAACGAGCAUUAAAAGUGUGAAAGAAAGCCGAACCGCGACGCACCGUUUUGUCUCUUCCGACGAACGAAAAAUGGAGCUCAGCCAGAUGUACAAGAAGAAGAAAAACCGGUGGUCGAUUUCCAAAAUCGAGCUGCUGAUCGAUCUGUGGGCCGAGCAUUACCGUGAGCUGAAAUCGUGCCGACGGAAUGACCACGUCUUCGUGAAGAUGAAGCACAAGCUGGAGAAGAGCGGCUGCAAGGUGACGGUGGAAGACAUUCGGAUCCGGAUCAAUAACCUUUCCGCCAAGUACAGAAAGGAAUCGAUGCUGACGCUGUCCGGUGGGUCACCGUCGCGCUGGCCACUGUUUAACAAGAUCCACAACAUCCUCAGCAACGAUGCCGGCGGGCUGGAUGAGACGGUCGAAACGCAGGAGGAAAGCAUGGAAGAAACACCGGAGAGCAAAACUAAGGUGUACCAGCUGAAAUGCAACUACAGACAUGAGAAUAUUGACAACUUUUUCACCGAUUUGUACUUCAAUCCACGCUACGCGGAUGUAACCCUGGUAACCUGUCACGAUGGGGAAACAUUUGCCAUUCCAGCACAUCGCAUGGUACUGGGAAAUUUCAGUAUGUAUUUUGCAAACAUUUUUGACAAGCUAAACGUACCGCAAAACUCCAACACGUACAUCGUGCUGCCGGGAAGCAUAUCGCACCAGACGAUGCAAAUCCUGAUGCAGUACAUGUACACCGGCCAAUCGUCCGUACCCGAGUACAACGUGGACGAUGUGUUGCGCAGCGGUGAGCUGUUAAAAAUUCGCGGCUUCUGGAGCGAAAGCCGAUCGGGAAGCCAGCAGCAGCAACAGUCGUCCUCGAGCAUGGGCCACAAACGUCGCGCAACGGGGGCCGAACCUCGCAAUAAGAUGCACUAUCGUCAACCAGGUACCUCAUCAUCACAGGAAAGCAGCGAACCAGCGAGCCGUCCGGUGGCGGGCAGAUCGACACUGCCAUCGGACCUGCAGACGGAGAUGGCUUCCGAUUCGGGCACGUCCGCCCUGGACUCGUUGGACGAACAGAAACGGCUCGCGAUAGCGGCCAUCCAGCGUGAUCUGCACGCUAGCUCGAUGCGCGCGAUGGCACACGGUGCGGCUGCACUGUUCAGCAGCAGCCUCUCCGAUGUGAAACAGGAACCGACCGAAUGGGACGAUCUGGAUGACGAUAAUGACUCGGACGAAGAUGUGAUGAUACUCCCGGAAGAAGUGGUCAAAUCAAAACUGGCUACGGAUGGAAAGGCUAAGCAAUCGGCACAAACCUCACAGGCGGCAUUGGCGGAUCAUUACGCGCUACAGCAACAGCACCAACAGCAACAGCCAGCUGGUUUGCUGGUUGGCGCCGGUUCGGCAACCGAUCGGCAGCAGCACCAGCUACUGCCGGAACAAUCGCACUCAUCACACCAGCAACAACCAAUAGAACCCUCGCUGAGCUGUGACCUGUGCAGCUCGUGCUUUACCAACACGGACGAUCUACUACAGCACAUCAUCAGCACGCAUGGGGACGCUCCGGAAGUGCUGCGUAAACGAAGCCGGAUGGCAGAAGAAGAAACGCCACUAAACAACAUGCGUUGCGACUUUUGCGGGAAGUUCUUCACGUCAGCGGUCGACUGGGCUCAGCAUGUACUGCAGGUGCACAACGAUCGUACCGCCGAAUUACAGCAACAAAUGGCCCAGUUUUCCGAAGAGCUGUUGCCCAGUAUUAGCAAAAUUCGUUCCAUCGCAUCAUCUAGCUCGGCUGACUAAUAAUAAUAAUGAUACUCACGCGAUUCACGGGUCCGGCAUUGGAUUGCAUGGAUUGGGGGCGAUGGAUAGAGGAAGGUGACGGUCCGGGAAGGAUGGAGAACAAACAAACGAUAACCUCGAUUGAACAAUUUUAUGAUAUACUCUAUUUUUACCCCUUCCGUUUUUUUACUGGCUAUGACAACAACAGUUGCUUCUUGAAUAUUAUAAGCAGCUUUGCCCCCUACCUGGCGGCAAAGUGCGGGAUACAACUACAAAAGAGAAGUUACGAGUAGAAAAUUAUACAACACAACUAGGCAAUAAGGACUUGUAGUAGAGCAUUAAAGAAAAAAAAAACAACAUCAUAGAGAGCAUUACAGAGCAGAGACACAUUUGCGCACAUGUCGAAAUAUACGUUUUAAUGAAUUCACCAUAAA